AUGGAUAGCCCUUCUCUGCGCAAGCCUUGUGCUGAGGAAGAAAAGACAGAGUUGGAAGACGCACGAACUGCCAUACUACUUGCCUUGUAUGGAGACUCAGCUACCCUUGAACCGAAUGAGCAGUAUAAAUUGACUCAUUUGACUCAUAUGAUCGGCUCAAUUGACGUCCGCACGCAGAGCCUGGAUAUUCGGACAUUGAGCGGACAACUUUGGAAAAUUGGCGAAAGCAGGCUCUUCCACAUCACCGAACUACUGAGCAUGAUUCUGCAGGACGCUGGCCCGGAAGCUCAGGUUCAGGCUUUGCUCGAAUUCUCACGUGUUCACGCCCCAGUCGAAUAUGGCCAGUCCCUGGAUCCAGAUUUGUCGAUAGUCUUGCAGCCAAGCCAGCAAGAGGUUGCAGAAUUUGAGCUGCACGCCAAGAGACUGUUAGAAAGGCGUCGCCAUACCUCUCUGGAUAAGACGCUCUACUUUCCUGCACGGUUCACUCAGUUGAACAACUUAUCCGAUGAUAUCAAUGCAGCGCUUAACAAGAUGAAUGAUGACAACACACACCAGCUAGAGGUUAUGCUAGCACCAAACACUGGCCCUUGCUGGUUGGAUUUCAGUCAGGUCUCAACAAAUCCCUACUUCAAACAGCUGUUUGACAAAGGUCACCGCUUUGUGCAGCGUCUCGGUCGUUGGGAGAUAACACUGCGUCCUCCAACAGUGACUGGCGAUCUCCUCACGAUGAAGAGUGGUAUCAUUCGCACCCUCCAAGAUGCCAUCGGUUCAAUGCAUGUCACAUGUCCGCCGACAAAAAGCCUGGGAAUCUGUCACUUUGAUCGAACAGGAGAAGGAUAUCCCAGUCAGAGUGUUUUAAUCACACGGAUAUGUAGCGAUGACGGGAUACGCGUCGCUGAACUCCUCGACACCCUCGAAAAAAUCGCGCCCAAAGUACUAUCAACUUGGAUGACGAACGCUCAACAUCUUCGCGAUGAGCAAAUUCCCAGCUCGCACUGGUUUGACGACUCUUGGCGUAUGCUUGGCGCGCCAAAAAUCACCAUUCAUCUUGAUAACGCCAUGAUGCCCUCUGCAGAAGUCGACUAUGAAGCCUUCCCAAGACCCGACUUUGACAACAUCACCAUUGAAUCCAUUCUGAGAGGGGAUUUUGAUAGAAUUGGUGACUUCAAACGUCAUCGGCCACGAGAGGACGAGUGGAUCCCCAAGGAGCUCUUCGAGCCUAUGAAGUCGGAGACAGGGCGGCAUCCUAUCAACUGGGAUACCUGA